AUGGACAGCUCUCCUCUGUCCAAGAUCCCGAACGAGAUGCUCAACCGCAUCUUCGAGCUCGUGGUUACGGAUGACUACAAAGAUCAGAAGGUAAACAUCGCAAACCCCCCCGACCUUGCAGAAACUUGCAAGGCCAUUCGCAGCGUCGUCCUUCCCAUGUUCUUUGGGAACAAUGACUUGGUCAUCUACGUCAACCACAUCGGUCGUGUCGUGGACAGCGCGAAGUGGAUUCGGAAAAUGGUCACGCAGUGCGUCCGCAUUGGCAUGCCACUCUCCAGCCUCAUCAGCAACAUCACUAUCGAUCUCGGUAUUGCGGACGACUCACGCCCAGCGCCCUACCCCGUGGACUGGUACAUGCUUCGCACCCUGUACCAGUAUCUCAACAUCGAUUGCACCAUCACCGUCAAGGCUCGCCUCGCCAACCCUGAGCCUGGCGCCAGCGAGGCCUUCCUCGACAUCAUCCUCGACCCAUACGACAAAGGCGGCACCCUCGCUGGCAUUCGACAGGUCUACAACGAGGUCAACAUGCGCCCUCACGACCCACUCGACAUGGCAGAGUUCGACGGCGGCAUCCUCUGCCUGUGGCGCCUCGCGCUGGCCAUGCCAUGA